CAUUAUAGAACAACUUCCUUGUUCAGAAUUGAAACGGAAGGUUAUUUUUCGAGAGAUCGAAAUAAUCGUGUCUUCUGUAGGUGUGUCCAUUUCAUCGGCUUAGUUCGUGGUGAGGACAAAACAACCUUCUUCGUCAUGGGCAGUUGUUGUUGUCGUCGUAAAAGCAAAGAUGAUUCAUUCGAACAACUGUGCAAGUCGUCUAUUGCGUCUGAUAAUGAAACGAUAUCUACGGUCGAUGAUCAGCAUGCACAGGACAAUAUAUCCACGUAUGGAGCAACAGCAACACCAAAGGCGGGAAUAGCGAAAAAAUCGUCUGAUAAGGGAAAAUCAUCACAGAAAAGAAAUUACGAAAAGCCAACACUACAAUCACUUGAAGCUGAAAUAACAAUGCUGCGGAACAGGAUUAAAGAAGAAGAGGUGAAGAUACUGGAUCUUACAGCUGAGAGAGCGGGCUUUAUACACGAAUUAGAUGAUUUGAGGACAAGGCUGAGUUCUGUGAUAAGUGCCCAGGUUACCGACUCAAACCCGAACAUUGCCGACCUUAGCGACCAAAACAGACCCACCAAACUGGCUGAAAGAUACUCGGAACUCUACGAUAAUCAGUGGACUGAAUGUUACGAAGGGUUGACGAAAAAUCUGAAAUGGAAAGAGAAGGAUUCUAUAACAUGGAUAUUGGGUUUAUUUAUUAAUAUAUUCCAAACAUGUGCGGACAAAGCUUCCAAGGAUUUGGAACAAUUAAGAGAAGUUUUGAAAAAGUUUCAGUCAGGUACUACAGAAACUUUGAAAACGCUGAAAGACAAGAGAAAGAAAUCUUCGGUGGUACCCAAGGACCAGAUAACGGCUAAAUUGGACGGUCGUUUUGCCGAGAAUAAACAAGCUAUCGACAUAGCAGAGAAGUUUAUCAAUGAAAGUGUUGAGCUUUGCUGGCUUAUGGCUGUACAAGACCCACCUGUUCAUGUUGACUCUAGCGUCGACCAGGAUAAGUAUAAGCAGCCUCUGGACACAAACCUUUACAAGUACUACACACAGAAAGGCAAACUCGUUGACUAUGUCGUUUGGCCUGUGUUGUUUCUCAAGAAAGACGGUCCUUUGUUGUCAAAAGGCAUAGCACAGGGGUUUGUUGAUCAAAUGCAAAGUGAAGACCAACAAACAAUGGUAGGAGGCAGUGGAGAAAACACUGAAACAUUUGACACACACUUUUAGAGCCAAGGUGUUUGGAAUCAUUUUUAAAUAGAAAUGAAAGUGCAUUAAAUAUAUAUGACAUUAAUAUCAUUAGUUUGUAUUUAUAUGUAUUUCAUUGAUUCUUUUAAAAAACCGCUCUAUUAUAUUUGUAUACACAUAAGUAUCAAUGUAUUCCAAAUCAAUCAUAUUGUUGAACAGA